AUGCGCGCCACAGUAACUCCAAGUGAAGUUUCCAGAGUGGCAAGGCUCCAAGCGUCCCGAGAAGGGGCUGGGCUGCGCACCGCACCGCACCGCGGCCUCCGCCCUCAGCCGGCGCAGCGAGCGGCGCGAGGACUCGGGCGGGCGCGGUCGGGUCAAACUUGCUGGGCUUCGGAGAUCCAGACAUUUAAUGUUGAUACACCAUGCCAGACUGUGGAAGAUUUAACGAAUGGGGUUGUGAUGGCCCAGAUUCUUCAAAAGAUAGAUCCUACAUAUUUUGAUGAAAAUUGGCUAAACAGAAUAAAAACUGAAGUGGGAGACAAUUGGAGGCUAAAGAUUAGCAAUUUAAAGAAAAUUUUAAAAGGAAUCCUGGAUUACAAUCAUGAGAUUUUGGGACAGCAGAUUAAUGACUUUACCCUUCCUGAUGUGAACCUUAUUGGGGAGCAUUCUGAUGCAGCAGAGCUUGGAAGGAUGCUUCAACUUAUUUUAGGCUGCGCUGUGAACUGUGAACAGAAGCAAGAGUAUAUCCAAGCCAUUAUGAUGAUGGAGGAGUCUGUUCAGCAUGUUGUCAUGACAGCUAUCCAAGAGCUAAUGAGUAAAGAGUCUCCUGUCUCUUCAGGAAAUGAUGCGUAUGUUGACUUGGAUCGUCAGUUGAAGAAAACUACAGAGGAACUAAAUGAAGCUUUAUCAGCAAAGGAAGAAAUUGCUCAAAGAUGCCAUGAAUUGGAUAUGCAGGUUGCAGCAUUACAAGAGGAGAAAAGCAGUCUAUUGGCAGAAAAUCAAAUAUUAAUGGAAAGGCUUAAUCAGUCUGAUUCUAUUGAAGACCCCAACAGUCCAGCAGGAAGGAGGCAUUUGCAGCUCCAAACUCAACUAGAACAACUGCAAGAAGAAACUUUUAGGUUAGAAGCAGCCAAAGAUGAUUAUCGGAUCCGCUGUGAGGAGUUAGAGAAAGAGAUCUCUGAACUUCGGCAGCAGAAUGAUGAACUAACUACUUUAGCUGAUGAAGCCCAGUCUCUGAAGGAUGAAAUAGAUGUUCUUAGACAUUCUUCUGAUAAAGUGUCUAAACUAGAAGGUCAAGUGGAAUCUUAUAAAAAGAAGCUAGAAGACCUUGGUGAUUUGAGACGGCAAGUUAAACUCUUAGAAGAGAAGAAUACCAUGUAUAUGCAGAACACUGUUAGUCUAGAGGAAGAGUUAAGAAAGGCCAAUGCAGCUCGAAGCCAGCUUGAGACAUACAAGAGACAGGUAGUAGAACUACAAAAUAGAUUAUCUGAAGAAUCAAAGAAAGCAGAUAAAUUAGAUUUUGAAUAUAAACGUCUAAAAGAAAAAGUUGACAGUCUUCAAAAAGAAAAGGAUAGGUUAAGAACAGAAAGGGAUUCACUGAAAGAAACCAUUGAAGAACUUCGUUGUGUACAGGCUCAAGAGGGGCAGCUCACUACUCAAGGGUUCGUGCCUCUGGGCAGUCAGGAGUCUUCAGACAGCCUGGCAGCAGAGAUUGUUACACCUGAAAUCAGGGAGAAACUUAUUCGUCUUCAGCAUGAGAAUAAAAUGUUAAAAAUUAAUCAAGAAGGUUCCGACAAUGAAAAAAUUGCCUUAUUGCAGAGCCUCCUAGAUGAUGCAAAUCUACGCAAGAAUGAACUGGAGACAGAGAACAGGCUGGUGAAUCAAAGACUUUUGGAAGUACAGUCACAAGUUGAAGAACUACAGAAAUCUUUACAGGAUCAAGGCUCAAAAGCAGAAGAUUCAGUUCUUCUAAAAAAGAAGCUUGAAGAACACCUAGAGAAGCUACAUGAAGCAAAUAAUGAAUUGCAGAAGAAAAGAGCUAUUAUUGAAGAUCUUGAGCCCAGAUUUAACAACAGCUCCUUAAAAAUUGAAGAAUUACAAGAAGCUUUACGGAAGAAGGAAGAGGAAAUGAAGCAAAUGGAAGAACGAUACAAAAAAUAUUUAGAGAAAGCCAAGAGUGUCAUCCGUACUUUAGAUCCUAAACAAAAUCAAGGGGCAGCGCCAGAAAUACAAGCUCUUAAAAAUCAACUCCAGGAGCGGGACCGACUAUUCCACUCAUUAGAGAAAGAAUAUGAGAAAACGAAGAGUCAAAGAGACAUGGAGGAGAAGUAUAUUGUUAGUGCCUGGUACAAUAUGGGGAUGACUCUGCAUAAAAAAGCAGCUGAAGACAGACUAGCCAGCACUGGUUCAGGGCAGUCAUUUCUAGCUAGGCAAAGACAAGCAACCAGUACAAGAAGAUCUUAUCCAGGCCAUGUUCAGCCAGCCACAGCAAGGUAGAGAAAUCUUGCCAUUAGAAAUAAAAAACAACCUGCAUUGAAGCAUACUUCUGUUACAUAUAACAACAUUUCAGGAAAUUCACCCAGCGUAUUUUUUGUUUCUCUUUUAUGUCAGUAUUUAGUGUUUCACAUUUGAGGACUUUUCCUCUCUCUUGUAUCUUUGUUUUAGUUUCUUUGUCCUUUAUUUUUAGACUUUUUAUUUCCUUUUAAUGUGCCAAAAAUUUGUAAAUGUCCAAUUAAAAGUGUUGUAUUAUAGUGUAAUGCUUUUCUUUGUAUGGAAAUGUCUUCUUCCUCAAUGGUGUAGGCUUUGUAUGAAAUUAGAUUUUCUGCCAAUAAUUGAUAUACAAUUUAUAUUCUUUAUUAUGCUUAUGUGUUACUGUGCUUUAUAAGAAUGUCUUUGUUUAAAGGGAAUUAAUCUUUUUAUGAUGUAUUAAUCUCUGUUUUCAGUUGUUUUCCAAAUGCACUUGAAAUAGCUUACAUAUUUACUUCACAAAAUGAUUGGCAAGUGCACUUUUUGCAAAGACUUAAAUACAUUGGCAGAGCCGGGGAUUUAGCUCAGUGGUUCGGUGGCCUGCCUUGCAAUCGCAAGGACCAGAGUUCAAUCCCUGGUACCAAAAAAAAAAAAAAAAAUACAUUGGCAGAGGUGCUAAUUAAAUCUUACCUAAAGCACCUGGCAGAAUUAUUUAGAGGAAAAAAAUGAAUAAUUAUUUACAGAAAACUAAAUUGUCCUAAGAUUUGGAGAAAAUUUUUAAAACAUAAAUAUAUGAAAUUUUAUUAUUUUAUGAUUAUUCUGUUUGCUGGCAAAGGUAAAUAUAUUGGUGAUGUUAUUUGGGGAGAAAUUAUAGCUGAAACAAGUCAAAUAGUACAUUAAUUUUUUCCUUGUUUUAGAAUGUCUUAAUAACUAAGGAUCAGAUUCUAGCCAUGUGCUUUACAUUUAUACUUUAAACUGUUCUCCACAACCAAAAGAUUUAUUUUUCAUAUGGUUAUAGGAAGCCUUAUCUGUUGGACAGUUUGUUGACUCAUUUGUUUUAUUUAUUCCUUCAUUUAAACCUUUCCAUUUCUCAGUUUUCCUACUAAAUAUUUUCAUAUCAUCCAUUAAGCUCAUAAAUAACUUCUAUAUGUAAUAUUAUGACAGAUCUCUUAAUAUUUUUCUUAGGUACAUCUACUAGUCCAAGAAUUUGUUCCUGAAUAGAUUUUCUUGGAUAUUUGCUCGCCUCAAAGUGCUUAUAGACCAUUUAUUUACAUCGACAAAUGACUGUCAAGAAAUCAUUGUAGAGCCAGGGAUUUAGCUCAGUGAUUCUGCCACCUGCCUCAUAAGCACAAGGUCCCAAGUUCGAUCCCAGUACCAAAAAAAAAAAAAAUUACAAAAAAAUCGUCCUAAAGCACUUUCUCUAUAUAAAGUGCUAUAUAAUUGUGAGAUCUCAUUCACUUCAAGAUGAAAUGCCUUCAGUUCAACUUUUUCCAUAUUGACUUGGGUAAGUUAUUUGGUCCCAAAUUAUAUUUAAGUGCCCAUCCAGCCUUUUUCUUACACCAUAGCAUGUUUCUUAAAAGCAAAACAAUCCUGAAAUUAGGUCAGUUUUUUGUUUGUUUAUACAUAGGUCACCUAAAAGGAUGAUAUUAUUUCAUGUACUUGCUAUUUAGAAAUUUGAGUUUUGUUUAGCUCCAUAUAUUAAGUUACAAAUAAAUAAGGGCUGGGGAUUUAGCUCAGUGUUGUCACCAUGCCUGCCUCAUAAGUGCAGGAUUGU